UAAAGCGUAUGUUAAUAUUGUUAAUCAUGUACAAUGAUAGAACAACUACUGCCUAAAUGGAAUUAGAGUAGCCGACAAAACCAUUGAAGAUACCGUCUCAUCCAGUUUGAAAUGUGUUUGUGGUCGUGCAUCCAUGCUGUGACUGUUAGUAAUAACAUAACUUGAUUUGUGCAGGAAAUUGACAUCUUAUGAUAGAUUGCUUGUUGAAAAUACUGCAUCACAGUAAUGUUAAUAAGAAUAUGGUUAUUUGGAUUAACAUUGACUGUAGUGUCAUGUGACCUUAGUGGAGAAAACAUUUGCGAAACUGAAGAACGAUACCCAUUGAAUGUUACGGAGUUUUAUAUGAAGAAUGUUACAGUGAGAAAUUACAAAUGGUGCAUGGGGUUCCCUCCAAGAUGUUCAUUUUAUACCUUGAAGGAGAUGAAGGUCCCUCAUGUUGUUAUAAAAACGCAGAUCAAACAUGUGAGAAAAUGUUGCCCUGGAUUCUCGCUGAAUUCAAGAAGAGAUGCAUGCGUGCAGUGCAAGAAAUGUUACGAGGGAACCUGUGGAAAGGAUGGAAAAUGUCUUUGUAAUCCGGGUUUCCGUGGAGACGACUGUGCUGAUGUUUGCCAACCUAUGCGUUGGGGAUUAAAUUGCCAGCAAGAAUGUUUAUGCGAGCAUGGUGUUUGCAACCCAAGAACUGGAAGCUGUGACUGUCCAACAGGAUGGUUUGGAACAAGAUGUGAAGUCCCAUGUCUCGAAGGAUUCUACGGCAAAGAUUGCAACUACAGGUGCAGCUGUGGUGAAAGAGAUCUCUGCAGUCCUGAAACAGGAGAAUGCUUGACAAAACCACCACGGCAACAAGAACAUCAGUCAACACGUGCAAUUCACUAUAUGACAGAUGAUAUUGUGAACUUAACACUCUCGUUGAAUAAGCAUAGAUCGACACCAUCCUUGAAAAAGUACUACGCAUUUGACUUGGAACUAAAUAAUAACAAUGAAACAGAAGGCAGAGAAGUGCAUAUCGACGAAAAUGUAAUACCAAAAGUCAAUCGAAAAGAUAGUUGGCCAAGCACAACAGUUUCAAUAAAAAUUAAACAUAAAAAUCAUUAUGGAGGCUUAAUAAACAGUGCAGAAGAUUCUGCGGAAAGUACAACAGAAAUGAGCGCGGAAAUAGAUCGUAAGAUAGAAAAUGUAGCAAUCAUAGGUGAAGAUGGAUCCUUGGAACAAAAUGGUAGAGUCAGUUCUGAAGAACAAUCUCAAGAAAUAAUCGACGAAAAGUUCGAAUCCAAAGAAAAAUAUAGUUUACAAAAAACAAAGGUAAAGAAAGAAAAUAAAACAGGACAUAAUAAAGAAGAAUUACAAACUCACAUAUCAGAAGAAUCGCCAAAUGAAAUUGAAGUAUCCCAUAAUAAACAUCAAAAGAGUGCUGAUGAUUCCAACUAUCGAAAUCAAAAGAUGCUUAAAUCUGUACCGUUCAAUACUAUGUUGUCUGUAAAUACGCAUAAUUCACAAGUAAAUAAAGGUUACCAUUCACCGAAAAAAAAUGAAAGUAUAUCUUCCGAGGCAUUAGAUUCUAUUACAAAACUUACCGAAACAACUAGUAAAGUUUAUGACUUUUCCACUAGCAACAUCGAUACAAUAGAAGAAAUAAUUCCACCAACAACAUUCAAACCACAUCCAAAAACCACCACUGCGAAAAAUAAUAAAAUGAAGAACAUUAAUAAAGUCAUCGAAGAAAAUGAACUUCAGGAUUUGAAUAUUAUAAAUAAUAUACUAACCAGCAUCGAAACUACUACUCAAUAUAAUCCAACAACAGUUGAAUCCUUAAAUUUUGCCAAAAAAGGAAUUCUUCCCAUCGAUGAUGUAAUACCAUCAACGAAAAGCAUUGAAAUAAGAAAUGAUCUCCACAAUGCUGAAUCAACAGAAAACCAAAUAUUGAUGAAAGGAGCAUAUGAAAGAAGAAAUAGUCACGAAGAAAAUGGUGAAGGAGCUUCAGAAGAAUUCGAUUAUUCUACAAAUAAAAACAAUGUUACCACUCACAUGGCCAUAGUAGGUUUGGUAUCGUUCAUUUUGGUUCUUAUUCUGUCAGGAAUAAUUUUGGUGCACCAUUUCACACGAAAGAUGAGGAAGAAAACUACAAGUAUAAAAAUCGAUAAUCAGAACUAUGGGGGAAGUCAUUCUGUUUCUGUUUAUACUCACAGUAUAUUUCACACUCCAUUGCCAGAUCCUCCAACCUUCGAUAAUCCUGUAUUCAAAGCACCUUCAGAAGUAACAGCUGAUCAUAGAACAAUCCAAACACACGUGAUAUGCAGCUUGAAUUUUCCAGAAAAUAAGGCGAAUGAUGAAAAAGAAUAUACUUAUGAUCACCCACCGUCAACUGGUAGUUAUAGAGCUGCUUCAAUCCCAGAACCACCAGAAAUUUUUGAACCCCUAACCACAGAACCUGUUUAUGAUGAGAUUCCAUCGAAUAGGAAAGGGAAUCAAUCCAUAUCACCACCACCUUCUUACAAGUCAUCUAAUUUGUAUAUGAACACUUGCGGGAAGACAAGGUUUUGAAAAAACAGGGUUGCAAUUCAACAUCAUGUGAUAAGUAAACGAAGGAUUUACAUAUUCCUGCUCAUAAAUAUUUUAUGUAAGAUACUUUUAUAAUUUUUACUUGUUAUAAUCUAUUUGUAAGAAUAAAAUCUGAAAUAAAAUAUAUUUAAAAAAGUU